AGUCAGUUUACUGUUAGACGUGGUGAUGUACAGUUUAUCGUUUUGAAAUUGAUAGUUUUCGCGUGUUAUCACAGAAAAUGUGAAUGAUAACGACGAUUUUGUUCCACUUAAACCUAUCACAAAGAAAUAAUCAAACAUGGCUAAACGUUUAACAGAAGAAAUGGUGAUCGCACGAACAAAAAUCUCCGAUUUAGGUAAAAUAAAACGAUUAAAUUGCUGGGGUAGUGAAUUGGUGGAUGUAACUCUUUUAAGGCGAAUGCCGUGCGUUGAGGUGCUAUCAUUAAGUAUUAAUAGAAUAAACACUUUAGAAGAUUUUCAAUUUUGUAAACGAUUAGAAGAGUUGUACAUCCGUCAAAAUAACAUUAGGGACCUGAACCAAGUAUGCUAUUUACAAGCAUUAACGAAUCUAAAAAAUUUAUGGUUGGGAGAAAAUCCAUGUGCCAACACAGAUGGUUAUCGAUUGGCUGUAUUAAGAGCUUUACCACAACUACAAAAGUUUGAUAACGUUACGGUUACUCCCGAAGAACUUAAAGAAGCUCAACGCAAAGGCAAAGUUCUUUCACACCCUGAAGAUCCUGAACCGAGCGAAGAUGAAGAGGUUUACGCUCCCCCUCCUCCUCUUCAAAUUGCCAGAGAGUCAACACCACCGUCUCAGUAUAAUCGGUAUCAAGAGUAUUCUGAACCACAAGAACAACAACGACAAGAAUUUAGUCCACAAAGAAGUCCAUCUAGGCAAGAUACUAUUGUUUAUGAGGCGGAGGAGACUGAGGAAUACGUUAAGGUGGAAGUAAAUUCAGAGGAAGCGCCGCCUCCAUAUUCUACUUCCGUGGAUGAGUUAUCUCGAAAACCUGAAGUAUCAGUAAGAAGAAACUAUUCUCCUGAACAAGAAUACGUCGAUCGAAGACGAAAUAGUUACGAAAGAGAAUCACCACCACAAUAUUAUGAUCGUUCACCUCAAUCUAAUAACUCUCAUCCUGAAGAUCAAAUAUCUGGGGAAGGAUUCAGAGAAUCAAGGAUCGUUACGAGUCAUUCUACUAACAGUAUUAAACAGGAAUACACCAACGGUGAUAGAUACGUACAACAACAGUGUUAUCGUCACACCGAAACCGAAGCUUGUUAUGGCCAAGACAACCCACCACAACGUAAUCGAGAGAGGCACCCUCAUUCUUCAGCGGUUCAACACCGCCCACCAUUUACUCGAAGACCAGUCACUAGGAAUUCAAAUAUUUUAUCAGCAGUAUUAUGUUUGGUAAAAGAAUUGGAUUAUCCGAGUUUGGAGGUUGUUGAGGUAGCUGUGAGAUGUCGUAUGGAUGAAUUAGAUGAAUGACAGAUAUUAAAAAAGGGACAGGAAGUUGAUGAUGAGCAAGAUGGAAAUAAUGGAGAUUAAGAAAACGCAAAAAAUGAUUUUUCUGUUUUAAGAUGUGUGUUUAAAAGAACUCGGUUUUGUUUAUUUAAUAACGUUAAUAAAGUGAUAAUUUGUGAAA